AGGUCUCAGGCCAGCUGAGGGGGUCUCCAAAAGCUGUCUUCGAGUGUCCUGAUUUUUAAUACCCUUUAUACGUGUGGUUUGCCAUGAUAAGCAAGGGGGAACUGAACUGUUAUAAAGUAUGCAAACUAAGAUAUAGGCAAGGAUAUGAAAAACACAUGAUCUUGCAACAAAGCAGAGGAACUUCCUUUGGUUCCUUAAGACCUUGUUUUCAAUUCCCAAAAAUGUGAGGGUUUGUUUAUAUGUUAAUCUUCACGUAGUUUUAUGCGCUCUGUGUUUUGCCAAAGCUGCCACAUUCUCUUUUCCUUGACAACUUCUGAUUAUAGCUCAGGCCAUUGACAUGGGCACUGGUCCACACAUUGUUAGGCAUAGAUAAGGUGGGUAGAGGUGGUUGGAGGUGAGUGGAGUGACAGUCGUAGCCACAGCCUCGUUUAAUCUACACAGCUGGGGCAGUUUGACCUGAGGAUGGUUACUGGGCCUAUGCUUCAUCCUGUUCUCCAGUCUUGCACGACCUCUCCAUUUCGUCAGCAGACUACGCUUGGGCCAUACUCCUCAGUCUUUUGCAUAGAUUUGUUAUCGCUUUGUUGCCUACAAAAAGAAACAGUUUAGAAAUCCCUCAGCUGAGUUUCAUUGCCUCAGCAGUGUGUGUGUCCUUGAGUUCAGCAGCCACUGUAGCUCACAGCUUGCAAAGCUGUCACAUGCGCUGCCCAGAGGGAGUGUGUCAGGAGUUACCCCAGGGGCUGGCAGAGCUGUCAGUCAAUGCUGGAUGCCUGUCUGACAGCCAUCAGUUGGCUGGAGCCCUUUCUGCCUCUUCCUGGAGCUUCACAUUGCUGUGUCCCUGUGCUGCUGGCUUUAGAUGCAGGAGAAGGUCUGAAGAGAGGAGUGUGAAGCCGGGUGGUUGAGGCCCAACUCAUGGCAUCCUGCUUUUAGCUCCAGCAAGGCUUGUGGCUGUGUAUCAGGGUGGAAGUUGGGAGCUGGGGUUUGGAGGUUGAAGGUGUUGAGUAGAAAAAUGAGGGGGAAAUGGGUGCUAAUGUGACCCAGCACAGCGCUGGCAGCCUCUGCAUUUGGUAGUAGUGUCCAAGCCAGUCUGGGAAGCGCUAAGCUAAAGGCCAUGCGAAGUCUCACAGCAGUUCAGAAAGGUUCUAGGUGGUUUGCUGGGAGAUGUGAGUCUGUCCUUAUGCUCUUUCUGAGGCAUUUUCCAUUGGAGGCAAGAUUUGUGUAUGCCUGCCAGCUUUGUUAAGUACAGUCACGCUUCAGGAAGCAGGGUUGUGUGUCAGGGUUCAGCUCCCUGUUUGAGACUCCUUUCUGAGGGGCAAUGUCAAGGGAACUUGCGUGUUCCUUGAAGAGCAAGCAAGGCUUCUGUCCUGCUCGGGCAAUAGCUGGGGACACACACGACAAGCUUUGACUCAGCUAUUUUAACUUAUCUUUUAGAAAAGUUGCCAGUCCUAUGCUUCUUGUUUGAGGGUAGAGUGAACAGCUUUCUCUGCUGCAGGUUUUAAAAUCUUUAAAUUGCCUGGAUUGCAGCUGAGGAUUUGAUUGUAUUUCUGUCUGGCGAUUGGCUGUGGUGGUGUUGACAAUCAGUUUCUGGUUUCUCUUUCUUGAUAGGCGCUGUGGCACUACAUGGCAUGCUCUGGCAUGUCCCUUGCAGUUUCUGGUUGAUCCCAGCCUAUAAGAGAGCCAUAUGAAAAGCCUGCAGCUGCUCAUUUCCUUCUAGAGGAGAGUAAAAAAAUAGUGAGCUAGGUGACUUUUUCAGUGAGGAUCUGUGUCUGUCUUCAUGACUGCUGCGUGACCCAACUUAAAAAGUACUUGCUUAGCCCUUCCUCCUGUGCAAGAUUUGGGAGGCAGUUGCAGUGACAGUCAGGCAGCCCUUACAAGGGGAUAAGAAAUGCCUCCCUUCACCACAGGCGAAAUGACAAUUUAAGUGCAGCUCCUUGGUGACGAGCUUACUCUUCUGAACUUGUUCUUUGUUUCCGGCUUAGAGUUUCUUCUAUCAUCUGUAUUGUGGAUAAUGGAAAGUACCCCAAAAAGCUUCAAGAAAUUCAUAUAAACACGUGAGAGAAGAUGACAAGAUCUAGAUCAAGAUCACCACGAUGGAAGCAAAGGUCCUUAUCUCCAGCAUUUAGGAGUCCAGAGCACCACAGGCAAAGGCAUGCUCAUGUUAAUUAUGACUGUGAAUAUAAAAGCUUUCGUAAGGACCUAAAGAAACCUAUGAGUUGGAGAACAGAUGAUGAAAAAUACGGACAAAGCAAUUCCAGAUUUGCACCUCAUGGAAAUAACCACCAGAGAAUGUAUGAACGUAGAUCACCUUCACCAAGCCUGAAAAGAAUUCCCAUGGAAGAUGGUUAUGGUCAUAAGCCCUACAGAACACAUUCAUCAGAAAGAACUGAAGGCAAUAGGAGAUGUCAGCUACCACCAAAAUACUCAGAAAUACCGUAUAAAGAGCACGAUCGGCCAUUUUACCAACACAAAACGGAAGAAAGAUACACGUUUGAACACUACAAAGUCACUGGAAAUGAAAAAGGAAUUAAACCUUUUCACAGACCGUUAGGGGCUUCAUGUAAAUUUGAAAGAAAAUGGCAUGAAGAUGACUUGAGGCACCAGAGGUUACACGAAGAGAAGUAUGGUCAGUCACCCAGAAGAGUUUCUGAUGAGUUUACGUCAAGGAGCUCUUUACAGAAGAGGUAUCCUGAAGAUCACGAUUACAGAGAAUAUGGGCACACGUCUAAAAGGGCUAAAGAAAUGGAGAGGUAUGACGGUGGAGAAGUAGCAAGGAAUUCCAAGUGGAAGCAAGAGCGUUCUUUUCCACCCUACCAAGAAAAGGAGGAACAAAGAAAUCUGGGUGCCCAGUCUCACCGAUCGACUGAAAGGGAGUACUCGGAGGGAUCUGUCACAAAGAUAGCCUAUGAAUACAGUCACAAACGGCGCAGGCACCUGGAUGGGGAAAAGUCUUUCUCAGAUGAUAGAGCUCAGAAGUAUGUGAAGCAGGAAGAUCAGAAAUACGGAUCUUCUAAGGGUGCCUGGAAUAGCAAAAAGUUAGAUUACUUUAGUGGUGGAAGAGCGAGACAGACUGAAGAAGGGCAUGUUGAAGUCCCCGCUAAAUAUAGUUCAAAGAAGGGCUGCAAUGCUUGUGUUAACUCUUCCAAAGAGGAUGUUGAGCUCAGAUCCUUUAAAAACAAGCAGAAGGAAAGAGUAAGGAAAGAAGGGGAACUCAGGAGAAAAGGAGAUUCUUCCAGUAGCCAGCACGAUUCAAAUCAUACUGUUUCAGAUGGGAAAAUGUCAGAUGUCAACUGUAGGAGGGAACAUCUCACAAUCAAAGUGGAUAUGAAGAAAACGGUGAACAGGGCUGCUUCUAGUCAUACUACAGACAGACAGAUGUCACAUGAUCUGGUUGCUGUUGGCAGGAAAAAUGAAAACUUUCAUCCAGUGUUUGAGCACAUGGAAUCUGUAACACGCGGUGUUGAAAACGACCCAUCGAGAGAAUUUACUCAGGAAAUAAUCACAAUUAUCCAUCAAAUUAAAGCAAAUUAUUUUACAACUUCUGACAUAACUCUGCACGAACGGUUCUCGAAAAUCCAGGAUAAACCAAUUCCAAAUAUGAAUGAAGUUAAAAGAAGUUUGGAUCCAGAAAUUCACAGGAGGAUUGACAUGUCUUUAGCAGAACUUCAGAACAAACGAACUGUUCCAUCGGAAUCUCCCCAGAACAUCAUAAGAGUCUUAGAAGAUCCAAAUGAUCUACGCCAUGAUAUAGAAAGGAGAAGAAAAGAGAGAUUGAAGAAUGAAGAUGAGAGAGCCUUUCAUACAGAUGGUACAGCUUCAAGGAAUCAGCAAAGCUGCAGUUUUUCAAGACUACAAAACUCUCAACUUGAUGGCUUCCAAAAGCCUAUGAGGUUCAUUAAGCCACCUUUCAGGAAAUUUAUUGGGAAACCUCACCUGAAUUCUUACUAUUCUUCAAGAACAAAUGAUACUUUCCCACACAGACAUAUUAGAGGACGCCUUGAAAAUACAGGACCCAUCAGGAGGCACUUCAAGAGCAACUUUGCAGAUGGCCGUUUGCAAUCCCAUUAUAAAUCAGGCUUAGUACAGAAGGGUUUAUAUAUUCAAGCUAAGUACCAACGGUUACGUUCUGUUGGUGUAAGGGGAUUUACCACUAAUAAAUACAGAGAUGGAUUUCUGAGGAAAGAAAAGGGAGAUAUAAAUAUUGGGACAGAAACCUGAACUGAGCUCUGAUCCUGAAGCUGAAACGUGAAACACAGCAAAGGGAACAUCUGUUCACUUUCUGACAGCUUUGUCAAGACCUAAAUUGGGAUAAAGGAACUAACCCUGUAACUUUCUUGAUUAAAAAAUAACUUUAUUUUUCGGUAGGAGGAUGCUGCAGAACUUUUUUACGGUUUUCAUAAUUGCUUUUAAACUACAGUAUUCAACUGAAAUGUUGUAGUAUGUACCUUUAGUUCCUUUUGCAUACCAGUCUCGAGUAAAGAAGUCACUGAAGGGAGUCUUAUUUAUUGAUUACUUUUUCUCUAAGCCUGAUGUUACAGAUGGAACUUGAGUUGUUAUACCCAGAGGUUUAUAUGUUCAAAGUUUAUUGCUUAUGUAAUAAAAAAGAAAACAAAAAAAAAGUGCCUGAAUUGUUUGGUAAUAGCACAUAGCUCAGGAUUUUCCAAGAAAGAAAUGACCUGUUAGGUUGCGCAAUAGAUCUUACACCUGUGUUCACUCCUUUCCAUAAAACAAUAUUUUGUAUUACUUCACUUAGUUCAAUAAUAAUCUUGAGUUUCUGACAUGUAUAUACAUUUGUAAGGUGUUAGACUGUUGAGACAAUUUCUGGUAUUUGAUUAAAAUGAAUGGUAACAGGCAGGUAUGUAAUGUCCUGUGGCAGUAGUUUGUAACUGCACUGAAGGCAUGCUUGGGUUUGUUAGAGGGUUAGUUGGUCUGUAUUCAGAGUUAUUCUUUUUUUUUUUGAUGUAUGACAUUCUUGACCAAGCCACGUGUUCUCUAAUCUUGCCAUAAAUGACUUGGUGGCUUUUUGAAUUCUGAAAUUGGAGCCCGAAGUGUUUAGUUGCAAGGAAAAAACAGAAAUGUAAGUUUUUUAUAAGCAUGUAUUCUAACAAAGCUGUUCAUAAUUGAAACUGCUUUAAAUGCAGAUAGCUUGUAACUUUGUUCAAAAUCUCGGUAAUUCUCCAAAGCUUACAAUGCUUCGGAGGAGAACGUAUUGUUAUGCUGUAUGAAGAAUUUAAAUAGCUCGACAUGUUUUUCAGCAGCUAUAAACAAUAUUGUGCUUAUUUCCUGUUUAUAGCUUUGCCUUAAUAUAUAUAGUAGGGUUGUGCAUAUGUAUUACAGAUUUGUUCACUUUUUUUUAUUACAGGUAAAUUUAAGAUGUGUAAGAAGUAGUUUUCAGAUAACAUAUCCGUAUUUGUUUUAAGAAGACAUUUUUCAUCAUUUCCGGGACAGUGUUAGCUGUAGGGAACGCAGGCUAGUCUCUAGUGUGGAUAACAGAUCAGAAUUCUGAUAGUGGGUAGGGGUAGAUUCAGAGAAAAGGAAAUUGGUUGUUUUUUUGGUGGAAAGUCAGGAUGUGACUUUGCAUGAUUUCUUUGUUGUGUUUUUUUUCUUCCACAACGCUUCCAGUAGAGAGUGUUUAUUGGAGGCGUAGGUAUGGCUCAGAACAGCUAAAAUAGUGUCACUUAAUCUUAAUUCAUGGGAUGUACUGCUUAGUGUUCAUAGCAAAUAUGUAGGUGGGAAGCGUGCCAGAUUCAUUGAUGCUAUGGUGAUUCAACAAUAACACCAGAUGGUUUAAGUUUCUAAAAGUCAAGUUUUCAUUUUAAAUAAUUAUUAAAUGAUUCAACUAGUAUUUAACUAACUUUCUGACAUACAUACCCCAAAUGGGAAGCUAAAGGAAAGGAAUUCCCUGAUCAAAUGGAGGUAGCUAACUUCCUGCAGAUCAGAAAUGUUUGUGAUGCUGUCGCUGAUGAAUCCAGCAAAAUCAUCCUGUGCGGAUUUACCAGCAAGUGGAAAUAAGGAAUUGAAGCAACAAAUUGAGUCAACCCAAAGCAAAUAUGGAGCUGCUGUUUGUUAAGCAGCCUACAGUCGGGGAGUGCUGCAGGUUCACCCUGAAGCUGAUAAGCUCUUCACGCUGCUCCUGAACAUGCUAAAGCAUUGUAAAACACAAGUGAAACCAUACAUGAUACAGGACAAACUACUGAAGCUAUCUCGUCUUACUGCGCAGGAUACUGCUAUUUCUGUAAGCUUCCUUUUUUUGUUCUUAUUAAGGCCUGGAAGAGAAUUUGUUGUUGAGCAAAUGGGAGAAGAGGAUAUGUGAAGAAACUUGUGGCGUGUCAGUUUUGCUAAGGUUGUCUAGAAGUAGUGCUGAAGUAGUCAGACUUCAGCCAGUUAAAGCUGCUCUUUCAUUUUUUUUAAACAUGAAAACUGGGUCUAAGAGUGUGAAUGCCUCCAGUUUUGUGCUUUAUUUCACUUGUGCACAACUAGUUUUAGUACUUUGUCUAGUUUAAUAUAGGUUAUUAUUCCUGUAACCGUAGGCAACAUAUUACCAAUAUGGUAUCUUUUAAUGUGUUUACUGAUGUUGAUUUUAUUCCCCCCCCACCUUGGUCCCAAGAUGAAUGUCAUAUGAUGAAAUGUAGUUUCUAUUUCAGUUGCUUUAGCUUUUUUGUGAGGAGAUUCCAUCUGCUGAAAUCAUAUUCUUUACCAGUAACUUUGUACAAAUCUCAUCAGUAAAGCAGAAAUUUAAUUCUGUGAUUGAAUUAGGUGCUGGAGGGAACCCAGCUAUCUGGUCUGUAACUUACCGUGCUUUGAAUCUUCAGCUAGACACUUGCAUCUGUAUACUCAUUCACAAGUAAUUGGCUCAUUUUUUUUCUUUCAGCACAGGAAAGUUUUGUUGUACUGACACAGAAUGGUUGGUUGAGAAUAAUAUAUUGAAGUUACUGAUUGGCUUGUGAGAGAGUUCAAGUUGAGAAAACGAGUGUUAAGUAGAAGGUCAGUUUACUUGAAUAAUUUGGUGCCUUUCUAUAUUGUGACUACGUUUUAGAAAACACCCUCUGUACAAAGACUUAAGUAAUGUUCUGAUUAUUGCAUUAUUUCUAAUAGGAGCAUGGACUGAGUAGAAUUGUUAAUAUAACUGCUUGUUUCUAACUAUGUCAGUAAUCCUCUGCUCCAAAGGAAAACAGUGUUCCUUGUAUAAGUAAAGCCGGUCACUGCAUUUGUAUUGGAAAGGCAAGUUAAGAAUGUGAUUGUUUAAGAGCUAGUUAGCUUUGUUUCAUAAAUGUGAAUUGCCUUUCUGUUAGUUGACUUGAAAUGACCGCUGAAUGCUUGUCAUAUUCUCAGUUGUUCACAUGUGAAAUGUUUUUCUUUUUAUGUCUAUCCAAUAUACAAUUAUUGAAUAUGAUUAGUCUUCCUCAUAAGUGUUGUAAGUUGUGAAUUUAGCAUUUACGCUGCUCAUCAGUUUAAUCUCUAUAUUGAUUGACUGGGUUAAAUCCUCAUUUUAUAAUCCUAAAUUUAUAUGUGGUGAUCAAGUUAACAAAAUUCUGAGGCUAGUAAGCAACACAUCGCAAGGUAUAUAUAAAUCUGCCUUAAAUCUAAUAAUGAAUUAAGUAUUUCAGAUCACCUUACCUGAUGUAUUUACAUGGUCUUGAGACCUCAAUGUGACUGUCACAGCUCAAGUACCCAACAGCAGGGGGUGGGAGCAAGUUCAGCUGAUAGCCAGUUUUGAUAAUAGCUUACCUGUUGCUUCCUCUCACGGGGCCUUGGGUGGAACGCUGAUUAUCUUUGUGUGAACUUGCUUUAAAAGCAAAAGAAAUUUAAAAAAAAAUCAUAUUUCUGGGUAUUGUAAAACUCUGGGUUUUCAAAAGAUGCUUGUUGUGCUUUAGAAGGUCUUUCUCUGCCACGACUAGGAAAUUGAUAGUGAGAAUUGGUUGCAGAAGAUGAUUAAAGAUUUUAGCAAACAUUAAGCUAUGGAGAUUUCAUUUCUCAGCCUUCUCACUUGUAGAAGACUUGCAAACAGAGGGAGAUCUUCAACUUCCUUCUAUACUGAAGAAAUCUUUUCCCAUACACUUCAGAAACAUGCCUCUUGCUUUUCUUCAAGCAUCUGAACAGCCAUCUGCAAAAUUCUCUACAGGAGAGUUCUCUGAAAGAAAGGCUUCAGACUUGCAUCCUAAUGAAUCUGCAAGAACUGGAUGUUUCUGCACAUAUCUGGCCCUUGACAGACUUCAUUCCACUGCUGCAGGGUUUGAAGAUCAGAGGUUCGUCUUACAGGAGGGAGGGGAAGGAAAUAAAAGCCAUUUCAAGAUUGUUGAAAGCCUGCUUGUAACACUUAACUCCUUUGUAGAUAAUGAAGAUGGCAAUGAACGUUUAAAUGUGUUCUGUUUUAAGCUUAAUGAACGUAUCUUUUUAGCGUUAAGAUCUGAGACACCUGUUGUCACGGUACCUGCCCUCUCCUUGUCCUUUCCUUGCCUUGAUGGUUUUUUUUGGCUGAGGGUUUUCUCAGUAGGUAUUUAGCCCCGUGGUUUAAUAGUUUUAUGCUGCCUGCCACUUUAAUACAGUUUUUUUCUGUUCGCUGCUCUGAAUUUUGUUGAAGUCUCAUGUCUUUUUAAUAUUUCAUUUUCUGUAAAUAAUGUAGUGGAUGGCUUUUAUUUUGUGACUGGCUCCUCGUGUCUUUAUUGUUGAAGGAAGAGACGGGGGAAGCAGUUGUUUUUAGUUCACUUUCCACAGGGGGGAAAAACCCACCUCAUUGUUUUGUUUUAAGAAUAGCAGGGCUAGGUUUUUUCCUUUUUUAACAACUGAAUGAGAACGUGGACUAAUGUCCAUUCCUAAGGAAUAUAUUAAAGUUCACCUUAUUUAUACUGUAGUUUCCCACUCCAUGAGGACCCUCUAAUCAGUUUAUGUGCACACAUGUAUACAUAUGCACACAUAAUAUGAUCAGAAACCUUUAAUGGAAUUAUUCCUAAACAUGGAUUAAAAAAAAAAGUAACCUUUUUAAACUACUGAUGAUGGAAUUAAAUGCAAAAGCAUUUUGUGUGUAGUCUCUGGAGUCCACAAUGGUCCUUCUGACAAUGUUAUCCCAUACCUAAGUCUCAUGUUCAUAAGUAUAUAUUAAGAUGUAGGUAUGUUUAUAUGUAUGUUCAAUAUAGUUUCUAUAAAAUCAAUGUAAAUUUUGUUUCUACAGACAAUAAAUGUUGUAACAGAAUUUCUACUUAUAAAUACA